AUGGGGAUUGCUAGUCAAGUCAUAGCACUGCUCAAGCAUGAAUACCCUUCUAUGAUUGAAGAGAGUCGUUCAAACAAGUAUUUUGCAAAGAAAUGGGCUCACCAUGAUAUUGUCGAAGAUGGAGAAGGGAUGACUGCAGCUGAUCGUUUCAAAGAAGAAUUCUCGAGUAUCUACUCUAUGGAAGAUGGAUUAAGACCACAUGCAGAAUAUGUUCUUGAUAGGCUUGAAGCUAAACAGUGCAAUAAUAUGAUGUAUGAGCUUUGUGUGGAUGCUGUGAAGGCAUACUAUGACACAAUCCUGAAGCAAAGAAUAAAGGAUAAAGAGGCUUGCAAGAAAUUACUUCGUCAAGCACAGUAUACAAGGGCAAAGACUUAUGGCCCAGAAGCUGGCAUUGCCAUGAAUACUUUUUGCUCCAUGAAGUGGGGUGUCAAAAAUUGUGAUAGGAAUGGAAAGAGUUGUCCAAUUUCAAGCCAAAAGGCCCAACAAUGUGUUGAUGAUUACUUGGUGACUCUUGAGGCCGAGCACCCAGAUGAUUUUGAGCAGCGCAAGAGUGAAGCACAGCUUGAUCCUAUUGUGUUGUACAAAAGUAGUGGGCGUGGCUUAGCUGAUGGCCGUGUGCCAAUAGCAAAUGGUGCUAUAAGGAAAAGUCACAUGAAAGGAAUUGCUAGGAGGGCAGAUACAACAAGUCAAGCCAAUUCAAGGUCUUACCAAUAUCUUGUGAGAAGGAAUGCACAAUUGGAGCAGAACUCUAAAAGAGACUCUCACAUUGGACUUAUCCUAAGCAAACAUAUGAAGGGUACUGAGUCAUCCCAUGCUGGGAAUGUCAUGUCUGGUUGUCACGAGACCAAUGGCAUCGAAGACAAUGAAGGCAACACUAACAUGGAAUGA